UUGGAGCCUGUGGAGGCGGAUAUUGGGCGCCGCGGAGAACUUCGAACCAUGGUUCUUGCUAGCACAAAUAAAACAAUUGGACUUCAACAAAACACUGCCUGCAUCAGGAAUAUUUGUAUACUGGCUCAUGUAGACCAUGGCAAAACAACUUUAGCUGAUUGUCUCAUUUCUAGCAAUGGAAUAAUAUCCAAAAGAUUGGCAGGAAAGCUGAGGUAUUUGGAUAGCCGAGCAGAUGAGCAGGUUCGAGGUAUCACGAUGAAAUCAAGUGCAAUUUCAUUGCUCUUUGCAAAAGAUGAUCAUGAAUAUCUCAUCAAUCUAAUAGACUCCCCUGGCCAUGUAGAUUUUUCUUCAGAAGUGUCCACGGCUGUCAGACUUUGUGAUGGUUGCAUCAUUAUAGUGGAUGCCGUGGAAGGAGUCUGCCCACAGACACACGCAGUGUUGCGUCAAGCUUGGCUGGAAAACAUCCGUCCGGUCCUGGUGAUUAAUAAAAUAGAUCGUCUCAUCUUGGAACUCAAAUUUACUCCUCAGGAAGCAUAUUCUCACCUUAAGAUGAUCUUGGAACAGGUGAAUGCAAUCACUGCUACUCUCUUCACCUCCCAAAUCCUUGAAAAAAGAGCCGAGAAAGACAUGGAAGUUCAACUGAAUUCUGAUCCUACUAAUGGAGACCAGGUUUAUGACUGGAGUACAGGCUUGGAGCAUACAGAUGAUUCCCACCUUUAUUUUUCACCAGAUCAGGGGAAUGUAGUAUUUGCCAGUGCAAUUGAUGGCUGGGGCUUUGGUAUUGAACAUUUUGCUAAACUGUACAGCCAGAAGAUGGGAAUCAAACCAUCAGUAUUAUUGAAGACCCUCUGGGGAGAUUAUUAUUUAAAUAUGAAAGCUAAGAAGAUCAUGAAAGUUGAUCAGCUGAAAGGGAAGAAGCCUUUGUUUGUGCAAAUGGUGCUGGAAAAUAUAUGGAGUCUCUAUGAGGCAGUUACAAAGCGAGACAAAGAGAAAAUAGAGAAAAUAAUCUCCUCUCUGGGACUAAAAAUCGGUGCUCGUGAAUUACGCCACACAGACCCAAAGGUUCAGCUUAAUGCCAUUUGUAGUCAGUGGCUACCAAUAUCUGACGCAGUUCUCUCCAUGGUUUGUGAUAAGCUUCCUAGUCCUCUUGAUAUCACUGCUGAGAGAGUGGAAAAGCUGAUGUGUGUUGGAGCUAAAACCUUUGAUUCUCUGCCACAAGAAACACAAGAUCUGAAAGAGGCGUUUAUGAAAUGCAGCAGUGAAGAAACUGCCCCUGUCAUUGUGUUUGUUUCCAAAAUGUUUGCAGUUGACGCUAAGACAUUACCACAGAACAAACCAAGGCUUUUGUCACAAGAAGAGAUAGCCCAAAGGCGUGAGCGUGUGAGGCAGCGGCAGAAGUUGGCAGCUGCUCAGGAACAAGAGUCGGCAUCUGAAGGGACUGGAGGAAGUUUGAUGGACCCAACUUUAGAGGCAGAAGAGAAUCAAGGGGAUAACUGGCUGCCCGCUACUCAGUCAGAGACCACGGCUGCUGGGAAACAAGAGCCUGAACCUAAGGAAGUUUUCAUUGCUUUUGCAAGGGUGUUCAGUGGUGUUGCAAAAAGGGGGCAGAAGCUCUUCGUCCUAGGACCAAAAUAUGAUCCCAUUGAAUCACUGCACAAGCUUCCUCUGGGAUGUUCUGCUGCUGAUGCUCUGCCAUCAGUGCCUCAUUUAGCUUGCUGCACAUUGGAAAAUCUCUAUUUAUUAAUGGGUAGAGAGCUUGAGGAAUUAGAGGAAGUGCCUUUGGGAAAUGUGCUUGGAAUAGGUGGCUUGCAAGAGUUUGUUUUGAAAUCAGCCACCUUGUCAUCAUCUCCGGCUUGUCCACCAUUUAAUCCACUCAAUUUUGAAGCAACACCAAUUGUACGAGUUGCUGUUGAGCCAAAACACCCAAGUGAGAUGCCUCAGUUGGUUAAAGGAAUGAAGCUUUUAAACCAAGCUGAUCCAUGUGUACAGAUUUUAAUCCAAGAGACAGGAGAGCAUGUCUUAAUUACUGCAGGAGAGGUCCAUCUUCAACGCUGUUUGGAUGACUUGAAAGAAAGGUUUGCCCGGAUAGAAAUCAGUGUAUCAAAGCCAAUUAUCCCAUUCCGAGAAACCAUAAUAAGACCUCCCAAAGUUGAUAUGGUGAACGAAGAAAUAGGAAAGCAGCAGAAAGUUGCUGUCAUACACCAGAGUAAGGAGGAGCAGAAUAAAAUCCCUGAAGGUGUGCAAGUGGAUUCAGAUGGACUCAUAACAAUAUCAACACCAAACAAAUAUGCCACUCUUAGCGUACAAGCAACACCACUUCCAGAGGAAGUAACCCAACUGCUUGAGGAAAACAGUGAAUUAAUUCGAACCAUAGAGCUGUUUACCUCUUCUCUUAAUGAAGGCAGGAAAACAGAGGAGAUGAAUCAGAAGACUCUCAACCGGAUACAGGAGUUCAAGCAAAAACUAGAACAAAGCCUGCAGGGCCGGAAAUGGAGAAAUGCUGUUGAAGGAAUCUGGUCCUUUGGCCCCCGAAAGUGUGGCCCUAACAUCUUACUGAAUAGAUGCGAGGGCUACAAGAGGUCUAUUUGGCAGUGCCUAGAAGGCAUCAAGUUGACAAAAGAAGCAAGUCUGUAUCGGGAUUUUGACAACAGCAUAAUAAGUGGAUUUCAGUUGGCUACACUCUCAGGACCAAUGUGUGAAGAACCUCUGAUGGGCGUCUGCUUUUCUGUGGAGAAAUGGGACAUGAGCAGAUUUGCUGAGCAGAUAUCACUUAACAGGCAGGAUUUAGACGACGGGAAGGCUACAGAAGAGACAGGAGACCAAGAGGAACCCUCCCCUCUGUCAAGGACCAAUACCGAACCUGUUUCUGAAAACGAACUCCAAGAUGACGAUAGGUGCAACCUAAAAUCACUGAACAAGCGCAAAGGGGAGAUGUUAAGUGCAGAUUGUUAUGGCCCUUUCUCUGGCCAGUUGAUUGCAACCAUGAAGGAAGCGUGCCGCUAUGCCAUGCAAGUCAAGCCACAGAGGCUUAUAGCUGCCAUGUACACCUGUGAAAUUAUGGCGACAGCAGAAGUGCUGGGUCGUGUCUAUGCCGUCCUAUCCAAGCGAGUCGGCCGAGUAUUGCAAGAGGAAAUGAAGGAAGGGACGGACAUAUUUAUCAUCAAGGCGUUGUUGCCGGUAGCAGAGAGCUUUGGUUUUGCUGACGAAAUCAGGAAGAGAACAAGCGGUCUGGCCAGUCCGCAGCUGGUGUUCAGUCACUGGGAGGUCAUUUCGGAUGAUCCAUUUUGGGUACCAACCACCGAGGAGGAGUACUUGCACUUUGGGGAGAAAGCCGAUUCCGAGAAUCAGGCUCGCAAGUACAUGAAUGCUGUGAGGAAGCGGAAGGGACUGUAUGUAGAAGAGAAAAUUGUGGAGCACGCUGAGAAGCAGAGGACUCUCAGCAGAAACAAGUAACUGUCUCUGCUUUUGCUUUUCCCUUAAAAGCAGGCAGAUUAUCUUCUGUUCCAGAGAUUCAGAAAAAUCGCCUGGGAUGUGCUGAGCUCCAUGGCUUUCCUUACACUCUAUUGUCUGUGGCUUGAGUUUGAAUAAACUGAAGCUUUCUCUUUUCCUUCUGGUGAACUUCCAAACUUUCUGCCUUCUGGAAACACUUUUCACGUCAACUAAGUCAGCCAAGGAAUGUCUGCAGAUCUGCCACAGAAUCUCCACUUAAGCCUAGGGUAGUAGGUCUGCCAUCUUUUGUCAGAUUAAAUCAGGUCAAAAAUGGUAACAGAUGAAGAAGUACCUUUGAUUCAUCAACAGAGUUUUAGAAAUGUAUGAUUGUAACUAAAGGGUUGUGUGGUGUUUUUUUUAAAGCAGUUGUUGGUAAGUGCCAUCUUAACAGUCAUUUGCCCUUGUGUGGAAAGGAGGAAGGAUUGCCUCUUCUAAGAUGAUGCCUGUCAGGCCAUGUUUUCAUGAUCUAAAAAACAAAAUAUGUUUUUGAUGUGGAAUUAUUUCAUCACGUAUGCAGAUGCAUUUAUUUAUGGAGAUAUCCAAUCCUUCUAAUUCAGACAUAACACUCAGCACAACCAGUUGAUUUCAAACCGUAUGAAAUCAGCAGCUUUUAAAAGAAGAACAAAAUAAGAUUAAAAAAUGUUACAGAAAGUAUCUAAUGAAAAUAGACAGGUAGCAAAUAAACAUAUUCAAGUAUAAUGUACAUUCCGAGAGAAAUGAAUGCCUUCCUAAAGAGAAGGGACUUGACCAGUCGGCAGAAAACCAUCUGAGUGGGUGCCAACUUAAGUCUUCCAGUAUUUAGCAAAUUGAAUUGACUGAAACUUAGAGUCAGGAUGGUGUAAUUAUUAAGGCCUGGACCUGGUCCAACCUUAGCUUUGAAAACGUACUUGGUGAUUUGGUGCCCUUUCAGCCCAGUUUGCUUCCACAAGACUCUUGUAGGAAAAACUUGCAGAAGUAUAUGUACAGCACCUUAAGCUUCUGGAGGAAAAGCAAGAAAUAAAUCAAAUAGAUAAAUAGAAUAAAACACAUACAAUCAGU